ACCACAAUAAAUCAAGGCGUCGCUGUUUGUUAGCCAAACAGCGAAAAAAAGUUUCCGAUCUACAUGAACUGACAAACCUCUGAGUUUGUUCAGCUACCUUCUAACUUCCUGGGUUCGUGUUCCGACAGUCACAAGCCAGCGAAACUGCAAAUCACUGGUACGGAGACAAACUACUGCUGGACAAGUUGACUACAUGGCUACUUCGCAAAGCAAAUCCAUCAUCCGGAACUGAACAAGAUAUUUUUACGCCGAUGAUAGAACCAAGGUCGGAAUCCAGACGGACGUCGUGGAUACCUCUGUAUAUCCUCAGAAAAUUCAGCUGAAAGCUCGAGUGGCGCCCGUUGGAUGAGAAGAUUGUGCGGAAUCACAGCCGCUUUGCAGGCCACAUCGCCAUUGCUUUCACCAGCGCUGCUGCUGUCUUAGGCAAAAAGCUUUGGAAUUCCGAGCUUUUCGCGGCACUCAAGAUGAAGAGAAAAACCCGGAGCAACCGAGUGCCGACGUCUCAGCGGCCGGCCUCUCCCAUCAGGCCCUCGCCCAACCGGGAGACGCUGACGUACGCCCAGGCGCAGCGCAUGGUAGAGCUGGAGAUCGACGGGCGCGUGCACCGCAUCAGCAUCUUCGACAAGCUGGAGGUCAUCUCGGACGAUGACCCCACGGCGCAGGAGAUCGCGGAGUGCAACAGCAACAAGGAGAACAGCGAGAAGCCGCAGCAGGCGCUGGUGCGGUCGGCGCGGCUCAAGAACAACCAGCAGAAGAAGAACGCCGCCCUGACCAGCGCCCAGGCCGCGCAGCCGCCCAAGAGCGCCCUCCCGGAGCCCAAAAUCCGCACGGUGGAGUACAACCUGCCCGCGGUGCCCCGCAGGCCCUCGGCCUACUACACCUACGUGGAGAAGACGCCCGAGGAGCUGGACGAGGAGGUGGAGUACGACAUGGACGAGGAGGACUACGCCUGGCUGGAGCUGGUCAACGAGAAGCGGCGGAGCGAGGGCUUCAGCCAGGUGUCGCAGAACGUCUUCGAGUUCCUCAUGGACCGCUUCGAGAAGGAGUCGUUCUUCGAGAGCCUGGGCCGGACGGACCCGCGGUCGCUCAUCGACGAGGACGCCGUCUGCUGCAUCUGCAUGGACGGUGAGUGCCACAACAGCAACGCCAUCCUCUUCUGCGACAUGUGCAACCUGGCCGUGCACCAGGAGUGCUACGGCGUGCCCUACAUCCCCGAGGGCCAGUGGCUGUGCCGGCACUGCCUCCAGGCCCCCACCCAGCCGGUCGACUGCGUCCUCUGCCCCAACAAGGGCGGGGCGCUGAAGAAGACGGACGACGACCGCUGGGGCCACGUGGUGUGCGCCCUGUGGGUGCCCGAGGUGGGCUUCUCCAACACGGUCUUCAUCGAGCCCAUCGACGGCGUGCGCAACAUCCCGCCGGCCCGCUGGAAGCUCACCUGCUACCUCUGCAAGGAGAAGGGCGUCGGCGCCUGCAUCCAGUGCCACCGCGCCAACUGCUACACCGCCUUCCACGUCAGCUGCGCCCAGAAGGCCGGCCUCUACAUGAAGAUGGAGCCCAUCAAGGAGGUGACGGAGACGGGCGACCCCACCUUCUCUGUGAAGAAGACAGCCUACUGUGGCGCGCACACACCCGCCGGCUGCGUCCGCCGGCCCCUCACCAUCUACGAGGACGCCAAGGCCAAAAACGGACUGUGUAAGAACGGGGACAAGACUGGCGGCAGGUCGAGGUUAAAAGGCAGGCAGAAGAAGAAGAGUAAGAAAGCGGACGCCGAGCCCCAGGCCGCGGUGCCAGCAGUGACCGUGCCCAGUAUUCCUUCCCAGAGGUUGAGCACCAUCCUCGGUCAAAUCUCUAUUCAGAAGAAGAGGGUUUUUUUCGAGAGGGUCUUGAGCUACUGGACGCUGAAGAGGCAGUCGAGGAAUGGUGUGCCUCUCCUCCGCCGACUCCAGUCCAACCUGCAGUCCCAGAGAACCGCCCAACCGAAGGAGAACGAGGAGGAGAGCAGGGCGCUGAAGGAGCAGCUGAAGGAGUGGCACAGACUGCGGCACGACCUGGAGCGGGCCCGGCUGCUGCUGGAGCUGAUCCGCAAGAGGGAGAAGCUCAAGAGGGAGGAGGUGAAGCUGCAGCAGUCGGUGCUGGAGGUACAGCUCACUCCAUUCACGGUUCUGCUGAGGUCCGUUCUGGACCAACUCCAGGAGAAGGACCAGGCCAAGAUCUUCGCUCAGCCUGUCAGCCUCAAAGAGGUACCCGAUUACCUGGACCACAUCAAGCACCCGAUGGACUUCUCCACGAUGCGGAAGCGCAUCGAGGCCCAGGGCUACCGGAACCUGGACGAGUUCGAGGACGACUUCAGCCUCAUCGUGGCCAACUGCAUGAAGUACAACGCCAAGGACACCAUCUUCUACCGCGCGGCCGUGCGCCUGCGGGACCAGGGCGGGGCGCUGCUCCGGAAGACCCGGCGCGACGCCGAGAUCAUAGGCUUCGACUACGAGAGCGGCACGCACCUGCCCGAGCCGCCCAAGGUGGAGCCACCGCCCCCCUUCUCCUGGGAGGAGGUGGAUCGGCUGCUGGUCCCGGCGAACCGGGUGCACAUGCCCCUGGAGGAGCAGCUGAAGGAGCUGCUGCACAAACUGGACCAGACGUGCACCAUGAAGACGAGCCCGUCGCGCAGCAAGAGGCUCAAGCUGCUGAAGAAGGAGAUCAACAGCGUCCGCGCGGAGAUGAGCCUGAGGAAGGCCGCGGUGCCCUGCCUUCAGCGGAGGGAGUCCCGGGUGGCGGAGGCCGAGCCUGCAGGGCAGGCCGCGGAGGAGGACGGGGACAAGUCUCUGCCACCAAAGCUGGAGCCGUCGGACUCGUUGCCACCUCCGCUAAAUUCGGACAGUCACUCCGAACCGCCUACCCUCAAACCCAUAGACCCCAGCCCCGAGAACAAGUGCCACAAGCGCGUCAAGUUUGACGGCGAGAAACACGCGGCCCCAGGACCCAAAGAGACGCUGAACGGGCACAGCUCGGAGUGCCCGCCGCUGCCCGACGGCCACGUCAGCGUGGUGGCCACGUCCACGCUGUCCGAGCCCUCCGGCCCCGUCAACAGGCGGACGUCGGUGCUCUUCCGCAAGUCCAAAAGCGCCAGCCCCCAGAAGCCUGGCAAGGCGGGCGAGGCCCAGCCCCCCUGCCCGCAGCUGGGGACCAAGACCUUCCUGUCGGUGGUCAUCCCGCGGCUGGAGACCCUCCUGCAGCCCAGGAAGAGGUCCCGCAGCGCCAGCGGAGACAGCGAGAGCGAGGAGUCCUCCCCCAGCAAGCGCUUCGAUUCAGGGCUGUCUAACGGCUUUGUCGUGGAGCAGGAGAAGGAGCUCAGUCCCAGCAGGCAGCUGGAGCCCCGGCGGAGGUGCGCCUCAGAGUCCAGCAUCUCCUCCAGCGGCAGCCUGCUCUGUAGCACCAGCAGUUUCAGUCUUCCGAAGUGCGGCAAAGGCAAGCCAGCGCUGGUGAGGAGGAACACUGUGGAUGACAAGACCCAGCUGAUCGCCUGCAUCGAAAACGGGAACUUUGCCAAAGCUGCCCGGAUCGCGGCCGAAGUUGGCAACAGCAAUAUAUGGAUGCCCGCUAGUGCUGCAACUGUUGUUCUGGAACCUCUAAAACUAGUUUGGGCAAAAUGUAGCGGAUAUCCUUCCUACCCUGCCUUGAUAAUAGACCCCAAGAUGCCCCGGGUGGGCUGCCAUCACAAUGGCGUCACCAUCCCUAUGCCCCCUAUGGACGUGCUCAGGAUUGGAGAGCAGAUGCAGUACAAGUCCGGAGAGAAACUCUUCCUCGUCCUCUUCUUCGACAACAAACGCAGCUGGCAGUGGCUUCCUAAAUCAAAGAUGGUUCCGCUGGGGAUCGACAAGACCAUCGACAAGAUAAAGAUGAUGGAGGGCCGCACCUCCAGCAUCCGCAAGGCCGUGCAGACGGCGUUCAACCGCGCCAUGAACCACCUGAGCAGGGUCCAGGACCAGCCCGUCAGCGACCUGAGCGACGUGGACUAACCCUGCAGCCCCCCACAACUCGCUUGACCCGUGGAGGGAGGCGGAGCCACCUGUCUGCUUGGCCGUGAUUGGCCGCACGCGGCCCUCCCUCCUUGGUCGAUUGGCUGCUACUUGAUGAAUGUGUUUCUCCGUGACUGCUGCUGCAUCACUGCUGGACUCCGUAUGACAUUUCCCCAUCACGACACCCCCCCCCCCCCACGUCACUCCAUUUCCACUCAUAAACACCUGUGUAUUUAAUGAACCUUGUAAAUACCUGUACAUUUCCUGACACUAACUUAUUGUGUAGACUUUUUUAAUUGGUACUGUACAUUACUUUUCUUAGUAUUUAUACUUAAAAGUGAUUCACGUUAGCGCUAUGAUGCGGUCUUUACUGGUGCUACGGACGCUAACGUCCUGGUUAUAAAUGAGACCCACUUAGGGCUAAAACAUACUGUUUCGAAAGUAUUUCAAUAACCUUUUCUUUAAUAUCUGCUUUAUUAAGUUAUUGAAGUUUAUUUGCAUAAACUUCCUUACCUGGCAUCUUUUUAUUUUUGUACGAGAAUAUUUUCAAGAAUUUUAGUAAUGUUUUGUUUGUAAAUAUUUAUAUAAAUCUAUAUAUGUAUACUUCAAAUGCUUACAUGGGAAAUCUUUAGUAGCUUUGGAAAACCGGAAGUGCGUCAUUCUCACGAAACCAAAAAUACUAGCUGCCCAGACUUUUCCUACCUUUUUUUACUUACAUUUCUUUCUGUCUGGUGUGAAAGGUAUUA